GUGAGGUCUGGAUCCAAUUCCGCUAUCAUCCAUGACGGGAGGAGGAACACAGGACUAUGCGCAGAGAAUAAGAGCUAUUGUGUCCCUCACCGGCGAACAGACCGGAGUUGAUUUUAAAAUAUCAAUCCUUCUGGCUCCUUCAUCCUUCUUUCACUCCCUGAUUGACAAGCUAGUUCUUUACGCGAAAAGCAAUAAGCAGCAUGUCUGGCUUAAGUUUGAUGAAAGCUGCCGGUUUAGCCGUGGCUUGGACAGUCUUGGUUGCCUUGAGUGUACCAUACCUGUCCGAGACUUUUCCCCAAAUCUCAUCACUCACCUUCAUCAUCCGCGGCCUUCCAGUACCUCUACCUGACCACCCUCUGGCAAAGCCCCUGAAGCUUUUCCGGAAUACAACAACUUGUACAGAAGAACCCCGACAGCCCUUCGUCUGCGACGUAGCCCACCCAUACAAGAUUGAGCUCGUCUCUCUGGACCCUUUGAUUAUUUACAUCCACAACCUCAUAACAUCCUCCGAGAUCUCCUCACUCCUCGCCAUAGCCGAACCCAUUUUCAAACCAUCGGUGGUCACCAAAUAUGGCCGUCAACAACAGACGCAAGACCGCACGUCUAGCUCGGCUGGACUACCACGCGACGAUGCCGCCGUCAAGUGCGUGCUGAACCGGGCACGAGGCUUUAUGGGUACAAUGUUGAGGGAUGGCUGGGACGAGAUGGGUCCGCCGCAGUUGGUUCGGUAUCGGGCCGGUCAGAGGUUCAAUGUCCAUCAUGACUGGUUUGACAGGCCGCUCUUAGCCAACGACGGCAGCAACAGGGUGUGGAAUCGUGUUGCCAGUUUCUUUGCUAUACUCCAGGACAACUGCACCAAAGGCGAGACACACUUUCCUCAUGCGAAUCCAAUCAUAUCGCCGAGUCCGUGGAACGAACCCAUGUGGCGUGGCGGAAUGGAGGACCAAAAGCUGAAGAACGUGACCAAUUUGAAGCCUCUUUGGCGGGAGCAUGAGGAUGGAGGGUUGGCGUUUAGACCGGUUGCUGGCAAUGCCAUCUUUUGGGUUAACCUUCAUGCCAACGGGACUGGUGAUGAACGGACAAACCAUGCCGGACUUCCACUGGGGGAUGGGCUCAAGACCGCGAUGAACAUUUGGCCUAGGCGAUACUGGCUUUAUGAAUAGAGGACACGGCUUGUUGAGUUUUGCUAUUUUCCUAGUA